AUGCCGCUAUUUUAUUUGAUUACAUUACUAUUAUAUCGUAAAACUAUAAAAAAAAUAGAUGAAAUUGAAAAAACAAAACCUCAAUAUUUAAAAAUUAGUUUAAUUGAAAGAUUCAUAAAAAGUAACUGCAACGGUAUAAAGGUAAAAAUGCAAAAAUAUAAACUAACUAGUUUUAAAGACCAAAUUACAGAGUAUAUACAGAUUAUUGAAGAAUCUGAAAUGUUUAAACAUUUAGUCUGUGAAUUGAAAGAACGUUUCACACAUAUUGAAAAAAUACGAUGCUUAGCAAUUGGAAGCUUUGCAGAAGAUUUCCAAGCUAGAUAUCAAAUAGCAUUUUUAAUCAAAUUAGUAGAAGUAUUAAGUAAAGAUAAACACGAGCAUAUUGUGGUAUCAAUUAAUGAUCCUGUAUUUACCGAGGAAGAUAUGCAAUAUAUACAUGAUUUGGGAGAUAGCUGGAAAGUUGAGCCUGAUUUGCAACAGAUUGAGCGCUCUACUAAUAAAACCCUAUUUUUUUUACCUCAUGCACCAUUAGAAUUGACCGAGAGCGUUCUUAUGACUGAGAAGCCUCAAAUAUUUCUGGCCAACAAUUUAGUGCGACACACAGAUAGAUAUACCAAGAUAAAAUUGUUUGAAAAAUAUCCAGUUAUGAGUAAGCUUGUAAAUUAUUUAGAAAAGAAUGAGGUAAGUAUGAAAAAUAAUGAAAUUGCAAAAAAUGAUGAAGAUUUUCAAAUUGUUAAGAAAAAAAAAAGAAGGGGCAAAAAUAUUAUAUAUAAAGAAGCACAGGUAGAUUAUGACUCUAUUGAGACAUAUUUUGAAACUGCCGAGAUCAUUAGCGAUUUUAAGAAUGGUAAACUAUUAGAAAAUCAACCCUGGAUCAAUUCAUUCUCUGAUUUAACAUUGCAUUUAAUCUUAUAA